AUGGGAUUUAGGAAAAAGAAAUCUGACCCAACGCCAGAAAAUGAACUGAACAUAUCCUUCAUAGGCAUUUUUCGAUAUGGAACCUUCCUUGAGAUCACAGCGACAUUCCUGGGUAUUUUCAUAAGUAUGAUAAGUGGCGGAGGUAUAGCAUACAACUUGAUACAAGUUGGUGAACUGAGCACUGCAUUUGUGGAACGCACCAGUUUUCAAGACCAGCCUAGCAGUAAUAUGCCACUUCUGUCGAUUUUCGGAGGUGGGAAAAGACUGAACAAUGCAACUCACGAGGAGAAUAUGGAAGCUCUGUUACAAGAUGCUACGGCUAUGCUGAUAGGGGCGUUUGUAUCAGUGGGUAUAUCUCUGCUGUGCUGCGCUGUCUCCGUCGCUUUCAUCAGCUGGAGUGCACUGAGACAGAUCAUGACAAUACGCAUGCGAUUUCUGGAGGCAGUUCUCCGACAGGACAUGGCCUGGUUUGACACGGACAAUGAGUUCAACUUGGCAUCGAAAAUGUCUGAAAAUUUGAUGAAACUGAAAGAUGGUAUGAGCGAGAAGUUAGCGGUUGUUGGUAACUUGUUAGGAACUUCGGUAAUCAGCAUCGCAGUAGCUAUUCCACUGGGCUGGGAGCUGGCACUCGCCUGCAUCACUGUCAUGCCAUUCUCCGUAGCGGCCUCUGUCUACCUUACCAAUUAUCAAACGAAAUCAUCGGCACGUGAAUUGGAGUCUUACAGUCAAGCAGGGAAGCAUGCUGAAGAGAUACUUAAGUCGAUAAAGACAGUUGUGGCCUUCGCUGGAGAAGAGAAAGAAGUUAGGAAAUACCGCACUUUACUGGAACCAGCAGAGAAGUAUGGACGCAAACGAGGCAUCUACACAGGUGUCGGCAACGGGUUCAACUGGGUGCUCACGUACUGUCUCAACGCCAUCGGUCUCGUGUACGGCAUCAGGCUGGUCUUGGAGGAUCGAGACAAGUCUGAAGAAGAACGCAGAUAUGUCGUCGGUGUAGUUUUCAGCGUGCUAUUCAACGUUUAUAUGGCGACACAAUCGAUCACUCUUUGCGUACCACACUUUGAAGUGUUUGCCGCAGCUCGAGGAGCUGCUGCCAGUAUCUACUACCUGUUGGAGCGAGAACCAGCGAUAGACAGUCUCAGCACACAGGGUAUAUCCCCUCGUCGAGUGGUCGGAAACAUAUCUUUCGAAGAUAUUCACUUCAAUUAUCCUUCAAGACCUGAUGUCAAGGUUCUAAAAGGUUUCUCCCUCCACAUCAAAGCAGGAGAAUGUGUAGCUCUAGUUGGAUCCUCAGGCUGUGGAAAGUCAACUAUAUUACAGUUGUUACAACGACUGUAUGAUCCCCAGUCUGGGUCAGUCAAGCUGGAUGGAAAAGAAUUAAGAAAUCUGAACUUAGGAUGGCUGCGAUCAUCACUAGGUGUCGUAGGUCAGGAACCUGUACUGUUUCACGGAACUAUAUUCGAGAACAUCGCUAUCGCUUGUCCUGAAGCCACUUUACCAGAAGUACAAAGAGUAGCAGCCAUGGCUUACGCACAUGAGUUUAUCACAAACUUACCGAAGGGUUAUGAUACAGUGAUAGGAGAGCGCGGUGCUUCUCUAUCAGGAGGUCAAAAGCAGCGCAUCGCCAUAGCUCGGUCGCUGCUGCGGGAGCCGGCUGUGCUGCUACUGGAUGAGGCCACCUCCGCACUCGACCCUCACUCUGAACGUAAGGUUCAGGCUGCGUUGGACCGUGCCAGUGCUGGAAGGACAACUAUUAUGGUCUCGCACAGAUUGUCGACAAUACUGAAUGCCAGUCGUAUAAUUUGCAUGGAUCAAGGGGUUAUAGUAGAGCAGGGAACCCAUGAAGAACUCAUGAAAAGUAAAGGUUUCUACUACAAGUUGGUAACGACGAAUAAACAGAAAGGAGAGCCUGAGGAAGCCACUGAAUCUUUGCCAGAGUUAUUGGAAGAAGAAAAUGAGUCUGCUGUUAAUAAUCCAGUGGUGCGAAGCGAAACUAAGAAAAAUAGACCAAGAAUGAGCAAACAGAAUUCAGUAAUAGAAUCGUUCGAAUGGAUGCAAACUCCACGAGGAUCAGUCACGUCAGCCGUGUCGCUGGGUUAUCAAAGUUUCCUACACAAUCAAGAUAUCGAUAAAGAUGACAGUAAUGAUGAGGAAAUCGUACCAUUAAGCGGGUGGGAUAUUUUAAAACUAAAUGCUCCAGAGUGGGUUUACAUUACGAUUGGAUCUGUCGCAGCAUUCCUACAAGGAGCAUGCUUCCCAGCAUUUGCGUUACUUUUCGGUUUCACUAGCGGCAUUUUUAUACUGACGGAUCGCGAUGAGCUUAUAUCCUUGGGCGACAUGUAUGCAGGCCUUUUCGUUGUGGUAGCAGCCAUUGCUGGAGUGUCUAUGUGUCUCCAGAGCUCUACUUAUACCACCGCUGGUUUGAAAAUGACUACCAGACUUCGGGAGUUGUAUUUCAACGCCUUACUUAGUCAGGAAAUAGGAUACUAUGACAGAGAAGCUAAUACAGUUGGAGCACUUUGUGCGAGGCUCAGUGGAGACGCUGCAGAGGUGCAGGGAGCUACUGGUUUGAGGAUUGGACUCAUCCUGCAGGGCGUCAGCUCUGUAGUUCUUGGAGUCUUGAUGGGAUUGAGUUUCGAUUGGAAACUGACUCUUGUUGCCACUGCAUUUUUACCUAUUAUGAUAGGCAGUAUCUGGCUAGAAGGAAUGAUGUCACGAAAAUCUCAGGAAGACGAGAGAGAUGCCAUGGAGUCUGCGACUGGAGUAGCCACUGAAGCAAUAGUUAGCAUCAAAACUGUGCAAAGUUUAGGCAUAGAACCAGUGUUUCUGGACAAGUUCCAGGAGUCGUUGACGGUAGCUUGCAGAGCGGUGGCACAGAAGUCAAGAUGGCGGGGUGUGGUCCUGGGUAUUGGUAUUUACGCACCUUUGAUUGCGUUCUGCUGUGCGAUCAUGUAUGGCGCUUAUCUCGUUUCCAAAGGGGAAUUGGAAUACAAAAUAGUGCUCUUAGUAACAGAAAGUGUAAUGUUCGGAGCGUACAUGCUUGGUCAAACACUAGUAUAUGCACCAAGUUUCCACGCCGCUAAGGUUUCGGCAGCCAGGAUCAUAGGAUUGAUCCAAAGACAGCCUCUGGUUAGAACAGAAGAUGGUGUCACUGACAAAAAAGAUUGGAGCGCUACCGGUAACUUCAGUAUAAAAGAAGUCGAAUUUAGCUAUCCUACAAGAAAACAUCAUAAGGUACUGAGAGGAAUCGAUUUACAUGUGGAUGCUGGCAAAACCGUAGCGCUAGUGGGUCCCUCUGGCUGUGGCAAGUCGACUGUAUUACAACUGUUACAAAGAUUCUACGACCCUGACUCCGGAAGAAUAGAAUUAGAUGGACUUGAUAACCGCUCAUCGCUGACGCUGCCCCGGCUACGUCGUCAACUGGGCGUAGUGCAGCAAGAACCCGUACUCUUUGACCGCACGCUCGCUGAGAACAUCGCUUAUGGAGACAACACCAGGAAGGUCACCAUGCAUGAAAUCAUCGAAGCCGCGAAAGCUGCAAAUAUACACACCUUCAUCACUUCCUUGCCCAAGGGUUAUGACACAAACCUAGGGUCUGGCGGAGCGCAGCUGUCUGGCGGUCAGAAGCAGCGAGUGUGCAUUGCGCGCGCGCUCAUCCGUUCGCCGCGACUCUUGUUACUUGAUGAAGCUACUUCUGCGCUAGACGCGAAUAGUGAACGGGUAGUAUCAGAAGCACUAGAAAAAGCAGCUGAGGGUCGAACGUGUGUAACAAUCGCUCACCGUCUCACUACCAUAAAAGAUGCAGAUCUAAUCUGUGUCCUGGAUAAAGGUAAAAUUGUGGAGCGUGGUAAUCAUGCAGAUUUACUGAAGUUAAAAGGCCACUACUGGCGAAUGUGCAGAGGGCAGGAAGCUCCGUGA